CGGGGCUGUGACGUCCUUGGCGUAGCUGCAGGGGAGGCCGCGGCGGGGAAAAUGGCGGACGGGAAGGCGGGAGAGGAGAAGCCUGAAAAGCCGCAGCGAGCUGGAGCCGCCGGAGUUAAUUCAUGGGAGCCUCUUCUACUGCCACACAAUCUCAGUUCCUGCUAUAUACUCUAACAAACAGUGGAAGAGACUGUUGGGUCAGUAGGUGACAACUGCAGAGGUAUCUUCCUUAUAACGAUGCUUUUUGAGGUUGCUGCUCCCAUCAAUCUGCUCAGUAAAAGUAGCUCAUCUUGUAAUGGAGGGGAAAGUUCCAGUCGCAGCGCUGAGAAACGAUCAGCUGAAGAAGAAGCUGCAGACCUCCCAACAAAGCCUACAAAGAUCUCCAAGUUUGGAUUUGCCAUAGGUAGUCAGACAACAAAGAAAGCAUCAGCCAUAUCCAUCAAACUUGGAUCAAGUAAGCCUAAAGAAACUGUUCCAACUCUUGCUCCAAAAACCCUUUCAGUAGCAGCAGCUUUUAAUGAAGAUGAAGAUAGUGAACCAGAGGAAAUGCCUCCAGAAGCAAAGAUGAGGAUGAAGAAUAUUGGGAGGGAUACACCAACAUCAGCUGGACCAAACUCCUUCAAUAAAGGAAAGCAUGGGUUUUCUGAUAACCAGAAGCUAUGGGAAAGAAAUAUAAAAUCUCAUCUUGGAAAUGUCCAUGACCAAGACAAUUAAAUGAUGUGUUUUGAAAUUGGGGUGUGGGGUGGGUGUAAAGUUAAAAGGAACAGUUUCCUUUUUUAAAGAAUGGUAUAAGACUAUCUUUGGAGCCGCUUUUUUUUUUUUUUUUUUUUUUUUUCUCCUUUUUCUUUUUUUCCUUUUUUUUAAAGAUUGAGUGGUACACUAAUAAAUGAGAGUUUGAAAUUAGAGGUAAUUUAUGUUUUAUAUACAGAUUUCAAGACAUUUGCUAAUUUUGUAGUUUCAUGUGAUUAGUUUCCAAAGGUUACAGAUAAUAAAUCAGAAAUGGUACCUUUUUAAGAAUUGCAUAUUUUUUUAGGCACAACUAUUAGCACAUUAAGAGGGAAACAAAAAGUUACUAUCUUUUUAAAACUGCAAGCAGUUACUCUCCUAACUUAACUCCCUCAUUACCUAAACUGUCUGGCUCCCAGGAACAGCCUUAUAGAGAGAGGGAGUAUUGUACUGAGAGGAAAAUGUUACUGGACUAUUGACUGAUAAUAAAUUUAGAUAAAAUACAGCUUUUUUCCUUAUGGGCAUUUGUUUUGUUUUCAAGUCAUCAUAUAAUAGGUAUUGGCAUUGCUAUCAGUGGAUACAGAUGCUUAGCUCUUAAAGAAAAAUUUUUUUUUUAAUUUUUAUGUGAAGUAUCGAGUAUUUGAAAUAGCCCACUCACCUUAAUGGGUCUUGUCUACCUUCAUUAGUCUUCAAAGAACAACCAUUUGCUACCAAAGUAAAUCAGUAUGCUGAAUGUGCUUCUCUUGGUUUUUGUUUAUAGCUAGUUCCUGUAAGCAUUUCCACCAGAACUUGAGGCAAAUCAUAAGGAAGCUGUUUCUUUUAAAAUACAAACCACCACCAAAAAUUUAAAUGUACAUACUACUUAAGCAUUUGGCUGGGUUUUAUUUUUUAAAAUGUAUAAACACCAAAAGAAGAGAGAGAAAUUUAACAUUGUAUGAAGACAAUAUGAGAAGAUGCACUUUCCGUAACUUUGUCUAAGCAUUUAAGUUUCUAACUUGUUAAAUCCAAUUUAAAUUGAACUCACUGCAGGAUUUCUUAUUAGUCCAAUUCUGUGGUUUAUUUGAAGUAUGUACAUACUGACUAGUGUCUUUUCAAAAGCACAUUUUAGGUACUAAAAAUAGAAGGAAAGAAAAUGCAUCUUCAGACACAUUUUAUGAAAUCUCCCACCACAUAUACUGUUAGAUUUGUGUAUCGUAGGGUGUUUGUUUUGUAUUUUUGUAUUGUAUAUGGACAUUAUUUUUUAAUGUGACAGUUAAACACAUCUUUAAAAGCAUAGUCACAGACAACAGAAACAUGGUAAAUGAUUUCCUUGAAAACUCCUACAAUGUUAAAUUUGGAGGCAGCUUCAGACUAUGGUGGUAAUUACUAACUGAGCUCUUUUAAUAGGUAAUAACUCCAGAGAAGCAGCCUGUGUAUAAUUCCUAACACUUGUUCACUUGCAUUUAAGUUUAGAAAAAGCCCCAAGUAAAACAAUGGAAAUGUAUAUAGAACUAUUAGUUUUUACAUGAUUUAAUUAUAUCAAGAUACAUGAAUUUAACUUACUUUUAUGUAGGCAAACUAUCUGUUUUGUCCAUUUUACUGUUUGUUAAAAUAACAUCCCUCUCCUACAUACUCUUUUCUUGACCCAAGUGAGAUAUUAACCGAAGGUCAAGAUGAGGAGAGAGAAACGACUGAGAUGAAUGUCUUUACUAAAAUACCAAUAAAUUUUGUCAAACUCAA